UGGCCACAGUCCACCGCUACAGCUUCCUGAGACUUGAUUAUGGUAGUUAAGAUUUCAUACGCGUCCUAGUAACAUCAAAAUGAAGAUUUUGUGUCUGACUUUGCUUUUUCAUGCAACUCUUCAGCUCCAGUGUGAUAAAGGGCAGAUCACAGCACAUGUUGGAGGUGAAUUCAUGCUCGUCUGUAAAUAUGACACGAACACAUUCCGCUACAAUAAAAAGUACUGGUGCCAAGGGGACGCCAAAAGCAGCUGUGCGAUUGUGGCAGAUUCAGAAGGCGUCACUAAGACUAAAAACACACACAGGUCUCACGUAAUUGACGCACGAAGAAGGGGGCUGUUUGUGAAGGUCACACAUCUCCAGUUUGAGGACGCUGGAGUGUACUGGGUUGGGAUUGACAAAGUAUAUGCUGACAUCAUGACCUCAGUUAACGUGGUUAUCACUGAAGUUCCAGUAUCUAAACCCGCACUUUGGCCCUUGAGCUCUCUGGUGGACGGGCCAACAUGCUGGGGGCAGCCAGUGACGGUGCGCUGUGGUUGUACAAAGGGCACUGCCGUCCGUUACUCCUGGUAUCAAAACACUCACCAGAAGGACGUCCUGCUGCACCACUCAUCAGACUUAUACCUACACUGUGGCCGAGUGGAUAAGGACAGCAAUUACUACUGUCUGGCCAGUAAUGGCAUAAGCAGUCAGGGGAGUGAUAUCCUGUCUGUGCAGGUUCCAGUGCCUGCAGACAGCAGCUGUAUCUAUGUCAUUAGCAUGCAGGGCCAACCCAUGUAUGACUGUGCACACAGAAUGAGCACCACCACAGCCAAAACUCCACCUCCGACAACCUGCCAAGCUACCAGGAAAACCCACCCUGACGCCGGAAACCAGUCUUUACAAAUCAAUCAAACUGAUCCAGAUCUGUUUUUCAGCAGGUUAGAAAAGGCAUGGACAGGGGUGCCAUUUUGGUAUAUGCUGCUGCGCUGGGGUUCUUUUGCUUCCUUACUGAUAUUUCUGUGCAUAGUGAUCAAAUGUACAAAAGCAAGACACAGGCCUGUGAAGAGGAAGAGGCGGGUUCGUUUCAAACAAAGGCCCCAUGCGGCUCAGUGAACUGCGUGUUACAGCGGUGGUUCCUCGGAAGCCAUAUCAGCCGCUGUGGCGUUGGCUCGGUGGCUUCACUGUUGUCACCAAGGUUCUUUGAUAACGUGACUUUUGUGAAGAGUCUGGGUCAUAACGUGCGUCAGCAUGUUUAUCAGAGUGUCUCAUUGAAACAUUUACAGCAUUCGUACUUUAUUUAAAAUGAUAUCUUUCCAGUGGCACGCCCAGCACACAUGAGCCAUCUCAGGCCCUUGUUUGCUCUACCAGGCUUCCCAUUAAUGUAUUUAAAGAAAGAGGCAUGAAUGUCACCCACAUUUGCUGAAAUAAUACAAUAAGACUACUGUAUUUGUCAUUUAACAUAUCGAAAUGAAACUUUUGAUAAAGGAAGCAAAACCAGCUCUAUCACAAUGCCAGCUGGGAACAGUGACUAACGAUGAGAGUGAUGCUCUGUGAACGUUUCCUUUUUUUGUUAGAAACUGAAUUUGCUUUUAUUAGAUCAAACAAAUACAGUUAGCCUGAGUGUUUAUUUUCAUUAUGUUCUUCCAUGUAAACAGGUUAAACAAUGGAACAUUAUGAAACAGGGGGCGUUUUCAGAUCCUGGGCUUUUCACAGCGGAAAGCCAAACCCACAGAUCCCGACCACAAACUGCACGGCACUCAUCUCCACCAUGCUGAAACCAGCUGGGUCCUAACGGGGUCAGAUGCAUUCGUACUGACUUCUGUGUGGGCUACUAGAAGUCAGUGAAGCUGAUGAAGGAGUGUGUGUAAACGAAAGUAGAAAAUGUGAAGAAAGCUUGCAGCUGUUGAUGUAAAUCAGUUACAGGUAUUUGUGCCUGGAGCGUUUGUGAUGAGUGAAUGAGGCAUCAGUUCCUCAGAAUUUAAAGAAAUGCAAAUAUCCCACCCAGAUAUCUGGAAACUAAUCUCUUGGACAAACAAUGAAUGAGCAGUGAAGCAGAAAUACACAGUAUAAACUGCCAUAAUAAAAAUUACAAGUCUCCACCCAAUCAUUUUCAUUGAGAGUGGAUGGAUCCCUGAUUCAGUACUACUCACACUGUACUGUAGAGAUUGUUUGUUACUCUCAAACUAUUUUGGCUUUGUCUGAAUUCUGCAUAAAUAUUUACAUGGCAUUGUUGGAACUAUUAUGUUAAAAUAUGAAUACAAAUGCCAAAGUAAUUAAAACAAAACUUUUUUAAAUUCCGAAAUGUUGCUUUAAAUUCUACAAAUGAUACAGGUGAAAUAAAUGAACUUCCUGUGGAAUCCCUAUACAUUUGGUACAAGGGGUUU